UAGAGCAACAGCAGAAGCAGCAGCAGCAGCAGCGUCUCUCCAGCCUCCAAACUGGGCUGGGCUCUGGUGGGAUGCGGAGGGAAAGGAAGGGGUCUUUGUCCCACCCUAGAGAUGGUCAAUUCAAGCAGUCCUAUUCCCACAGAGCAUCUUCACUUCUGCCAGUGGGGAUCCCUUUAAUGGAGCAGAGGAACUAAGGGACCAGUCAGGAGAUGAAAUGGAUUUACUUUUUAGCACAUUGGAACAUGCUCAGACAUGGGAGGCAACGCUUUCACCUUGCGAAAUCUUAAGAGUUUUUGCACCCAAGAACCCACCUAAGGGAGACAACAGAACUGGAACUGGAGCUGACUGCAAGGCAUCCAGAUAAAUAGGCAAGAUUGGCUGAGCUGCAAAUGUUUCUUUGGGGAUCUUUAUUUUAGACUUAGAAGAACCAGUGCGCUGAGGCACCUAACCAAAGUAUCACGUGCCACCUGGAUGGAGACUAGGAAAGCCUCUUUGCCUAAAAAACAUCUCAUGACGCAGCAUUACCAACUGGAGUGCAGGGAAGAGAAACUGUCAGCCACCUCUGUGUACUUGGUUCUCUUUUCACUACUACUGCUUCUGCCUUUGCCAUCCAAUGCCAAUCCUGUGCCCACUCCUACAGAUGAAAGUGGAGAGAUAGUGGAAUGGCUGAUGCAGUAUGGCUACCUUCCUCCAUCUGAUCCAUCAACAGGCCAGCUGCAAACGUGGGAGGCAGUGACAAGUGCCAUCCGGGUCAUGCAACGUUUUGCAGGCAUUGUGGAAACUGGGAUCCCAGAUGAUGCCACAUUGAACCUGAUCCGAAUGCCUCGCUGUUCACUGCCUGAUGUUACCACUCCUUUCCCAGAAAAACUUCCUUUGAGGGAAAAAGGGAGGAGGAAAAGGCAAAAAGGGAGGAAGAACCGCAGCAGAAGGAAUGCUGGUUCUGUUUGGAAUAAGAGGAACAUCUCCUGGAAGGUGAAGAUAUACCCACGGGAAUCCCAUCUCAGCCGAGAAACCAUACGGACAUUAAUGUAUUAUGCUUUAAAGGUUUGGAGUGAAGCCACACCUUUGAACUUCCAUGAGGUGGGCAGCCACACUGCUGACAUCUCUGUGGAGUUCCUCCGGAUGGACCAUCAAGACGGUUACCCCUUUGAUGGUCCAGGUGGAAUGGUGGCCCAUGCCUUCUUCCCAGGAGACCCCCAGAGGGCUGGCAAUGUCCACUUUGACAGUGACGAGGAAUGGACCUUUCGUUCACCAGAUGACUUUGGAACUGACCUUUUUGCAGUGGCUGUUCAUGAAUUUGGCCACAGCCUUGGCUUGGCACAUUCCCCUUCCAAGCACUCCAUCAUGCGUCCUUAUUACCAGGGCCCAGUGGGAGACCCACUGCAGUACCAGCUGCAUGUAGAUGACUGUACGGAGAUCCAGAAUCUUUAUGGGAGCAGAGUUCUUCAUCCCACAGAGAAACCAGAGGUAACCUCGCUGCUCCCAGAUCUUCUCUCUCUGCCUCAUGAUUUCCCUGCCCUCAGAUCAGACAGGGAAUUUCCUGAUCGUUGUGCCUCUAAUGUCGAUGCUGUGGCUCAGAUCAGAGGGGAAACAUUCUUUUUUAAAGGUCAGUACUUUUGGCGUUUGACCCAGAGUCGGCAUCUCACCUCUCUGCGUCCAGCCUUGAUCACUGGUUUCUGGAGAGGCCUCCCAUCUACCCUCCGCAAAGUAAAUGCCGUUUAUGAAAGGCAUACAGAUCAUCGCAUCCUCUUUUUCAGUGGGCCUCUGUACUGGGUUUUUAAGGACAAUGGCGUGGAAGAGGGUUACCCACGCCCCGUCACAGACUUUGGGCUGCCACAAGGGGGCAUUGAUGGUGCUUUCUCAUGGCCUCCAGACAGGAAAACCUAUUUCUUCAAGGGAGAUCUUCACUGGAGCUAUGACGAAGCCACAGGACACAUGGAAGAAGGCUUUCCCUUCCAAAGAGCACCUUGGGAGCCGUUCCCCACAUCCAUAGAUGCUGUGCUCAGUGAAAAUGAUGGAACACUCUAUGCCUUUAAAGGCAAGGAGUACUGGAAGUUUGACCAGCACACUCUCCAGCUCCAGGCAGGCUACCCUCGUUCAAUAGCCAAGGAUUGGCUGGACUGUUCGAGUGAACUCUACCCUCCCAGGAGCAUGCCUACCAGCCCUGCUUCAAGAGCUGAACUUCAUCCAGACUUGCGUGGUCCACAGCUGGAGGUUGAGCACUGUGCGUGCUUUUGUUCUGCCUUUAAAGCACUCUCGUCAACCUUGCUUCACUGCCUGCCUAUCACUGUCCUGGCUCUGCAAGGAUUUGCUUAGGAAAGGGGGGGGGGGGAACCCUGCCCUUGCUCUGUGAGCAUCAUUCUUCGUGCCAGCCACAAUUGUCAUACUACUGUGGCAAGAUAAAAAGAACAAAAAAGAGAAACAUCCCAGUGAAACAGGAUGUAGUGAGCAAGUAGAAUGCAGUUCCUUUGGGGUGGGACUUUUGUGCAUGGUUGGAAAGCAUUCUUCAAUAAGUAGCUCUUUGGUACAAAUGAAAUGGGAAGCGAAGGUGAGAUCCUACAAGAUCUGGAAUGUCCCUCCACAAUGGAAAAGGAUGGGAACAGGGCUGGGAAUUGUCUUGCCUUCCAGAUAUUGCCGAAUGGCAUUCCUCACCAUUGGUUUUUCUGGCUAGGGCAACAUAGACUUGCAAUUCAGCAACUUAUUGGGGGCUACAGGGUUCCUGACUUCUGCUUAGAAGAAUCCAUGAGCAUCUUGUAUGACAAUGAGGGAGUCCUCCAGAAAUUUUGAACUUCAGCUACUUCAGAUCCCAUCCAGUAUGACCAAUGGUAAGAGUUUCCAGAACUGAAAUCCCCCCCAAAAAACACAACUGGAGACUUCCUUACAAAGGUUGAGCUUUACUGCUAUAUGGAACAACUGCAGCACUUUUUGUGGAAGACCUCAAAACCAGCCCUCCCACAGCCAACCUUUUGUGUCUCAAAGCACCUCUUAAAAGCAGAAGAUGGCAAAUCCUUCAGCAGUGUUUUAGCCCCUAAUCACCUCUCCACAAGCAUCUGGCACCUUCAACAGGCCUGCUUUUUGGGAAACCAUGAGUCAUUCUAAGAAAGAACACAAUGGCAAACACUUUCUUGUGGUUGCUCCAUCAGUGCAGCUGUGCUGUGAUUCAGAAUCACUUGCCAGGAUCUGCCUGGCUGAUCGACAAAGCCUCAUUGUGGCCUAGAGACUGUAGAGACUCUUGUUGAAAGAACUGAAUGGUCUAAAGCCGGAGUGAAGCCCUUUCUCUUUAAAAUACAAAUUGAAGAGAGAGAAAGGGAAGGGUGUCAGUCAACUCACCACUACUAGGCAGCUUACAUUUUUUGUUCUUAAUAGGGAUUUUAAUGGUAACUUGACAUGUCUGUGACCCCUUCUGAACAAGCAGACACAAAUGCUCUAUUUAGUACACCCAGCUUGCCUUUCUUGGAUUGGAUGGGGCCCAUAACAAGGUUGGACAGAGGCAUGAAAGAGGGAUCAAAAGCUAUGGGGAUCGAAAGCUAUGGGGAUAUGUUGACAGGUAUUACUAUUAAAAGCAUGUAAAAACAAUUGGUACAUUUUGAUUUAGUAUGAUUAACCAAACUGUCAUGGGUGUAGGUGAUAAACACACCCAAAACUGCCAGAGAAGGAAGGGGAAAGCUGCUCAUAAUUAAAAAGCAGCAACCAGGACUUUUGUCAGUUGUUUUGGAUAAUUCCACUUCUCCUGUACUUGGGAAGGCAGCAGAAAGACAAGGCACUUUUUCACACCACUGCAACCCUACAGUAUCAUAGGGUUUUCUUGGCAAGAUUGAGUCAGAGGAGGUUCCCCAUGGCCUUCCUCUGUGGCUGAGCAUGUGAG